UUUAAGAAGAUAAAUUGUAGAAAUAAACGGGGAUUAUGGCUGUGGUACGUUAACUAGUGACGGGCUGCAAAAAGCCUAAAGAUUGUCCCUCCCAAGCCCCAAGAGAUGCAAUUUGAUUAUGAAUAAAUUGAAUUCACUGAAUAUUUUGCUUUAUUGGCUAAUGCUGGAAUGAAUUUGACAAAUUAUGUCGCUAAAACAUUCUGCUGCAGUCAUUCAUGCCCUCGCCCUUGUGAAUUGCGCAUGCUCAUUGUGUCUCCUUCACUGUGCCCUAUCUUUUCCAGGCAGAUGCUUCAUGCUAGUUGGUGGGAGAGGGCUAAAGUACGCUAGCUUUGACAGGGUGAAGGACGCUUCACAACAUAAAAUCGGUAUGAACAAUCUAGCUACUGUUGAUAUAGCACAAUGGUUUAUUGUUAUAAUGCUGUUUAUUGCAUGGAAGAAUCAUGGAAAAUGCAUGUCACUAACUAGCGCGUUUGUCCAAGGUUAGCCACUGCACCAACUAGCUAGCUAAUGUUAGCUAACCCGCUACAAGGGGACUAUUCCAAUGUCCAUCUGUUGAGUAAUGUGGUUAGCUAGCAAGCUAACUUACUAGUUCUUAGCACUGGCUAGUCCCCUAGCAAAUGUUACAUAAUGUUGUUUGGCAAUGUCGUGCUGUCUAAUACAAAGUAGAAUUUUGUGUUAAUUCAAGAUAUAAACUAUUACAUUACAAUGAUGGCUUAAUAUACGAUUUUUUUUUCUUUUUUUUCUUCAAACAAAUAGUGGGCGUGUACCAUGGUUUUCGUGACAACUAGCCAAGGCUAGUUAGCGAGUCAACGUUAGCUACGACCUACAUUGGGUGAGGCUAGCUAGCCAACUAAUUACAAUAUUUAUACAGUGAAGUUGUCUUAAACCUUUUAUAUAGCGUAUAAUUUGUUGUUUGGAAUAUCUUUACUUACCUUUUGGCUAGUUAGCUAAUUUACUGAUGAAGUCAAGCCAUCCCAACGCAGAUGUAGCUAGCUACCUAGCCUAGCCAGCGUUCCAACUAGGACAAUUUGGCUAGCCUUGCUAAACACCACUCUCCAAACUGUCCCAUCUGCUGUCCUUUGUCCGAAAUGGACGGUGCACAAUACAUGUUAAGCCAGAUAUUAGGGCACAAAGAUAUUACUUUGUGCCCUAUGACCCUCACCUUCAAGAUAUUCAUCCAGCAAAUCAGCUUUCAGCUAAAGUUAGCUGUCAUCGCGUCCUCAAUUUGAAAGAUAAUCAGGAGUGGAUUAACCAGAGUCCCACUGUUAGGUAGUUGGCAGGAUAAUACAGUUUUACAAUUUUAUAGCGUUGAACAUUAGCUAACUAACUAGCACAGUAAAACAUUUUACAUUAUAAAUACAUUUAGUUAUUACUAACCUGAUAAUUUUAUAGAAUAGAAGGCUUUGCGACAUUUCAAGGUAUCUCAAAAUACACAUGAAUAGAAAUAUCUCCUGUAAAAAUCAACUAGGUAGCCAUCAACUAAAUUGUGUAAUGAAUAAUGUGGAAAUUUAGCAAGUUGAGGAGACUAAGCUGCUUGGAGUAACCCUGGAUUGUAAACUGUCAUGGUCAAAGCAUGUUAACCAACAGUAGCUAAAAUGGGGAAAGUCUGUCCAUAAUAAAGUGCUGCUCUGCCUUCUUAACAGCACUAUUAACAAGGCAGGUCCUGUAGGGCUUAGUUUUGUCGCACAUGGACUACUGUUCAGUCGUGUGGUCAGGUGCCACAAAGAGGGACCUCGGGUUACAAUUGGCUCAGAACAGGGCAGCAAGGCUGGCCUUUAAAUAUACACAGAGAGCUCACAUUAAUGUCAAUCUCUCAUGGCUCAAAGUGGAGGAGAGAUUGACUUCAUCACUACAUGUUUUUGUAAGAAGUGUUCACAAGCUGAAUGCAUGAGCUGUCUGUUUAAACUACUAGCACACAGCUCAGACACCCAUGCAUACCCCACAAGAUAUGCCAACAGAGAUCUCUUCACAAUCCCCAAAUCCAGAACAGACUAUGGGAGGCGCACAGUACUACAUAGAGCUAUGACUACAUGGGGACUGUGAAGAGAACACACAGGUACAGACACACGCAUACUCACACACACACACACACACACGCUAGUACAUUAACUCUACACACGUACAUUGUAAUAUUGUUGUAUGGUGGUAUCAUACAUUUUGUAUUGUAGAUAUGUAGUGGUGUAGUAAUGUUAUAUGAUGUACUGUUUUAUCUUUUGUUUUAUGUAUGAUGUAAGUGCCUUAAUGUGUUUGGACCCCAGGAAGAGUAGCAGCUAAUGGGGAUUCCUAAUAAAUUCUUAGUUUGGUUUUGUGAUGCCUGCAAAUAUUGUUACAAUAUGUGUCUGUGCCCAGUCCUGUCAAGCCAUAACAAGGAUGUAGGUUUGCAAAUACUGCAGCCUGUUCUGCAUGCUCCUGUUGUCCCCAGUCAAGAAAAUACAUACCACCUCUGACUUUUCCAAAUCAGUCCUGAGGGAAUCGUGUCGGCUGUUUGCAACAUUCUAGAAAAUCACAUUCCACCGAACAACCACCUGAUCUAUGUGAACUGAGUCAAGUAUUGCAGUAGGACACAGGCAUGCAUGUGUUGAAUGUCCUGUCUUCUCUCCUCUCCAGGUGCAAUGGCUGUUCCUCCUUCAUAUUCAGACCUGGGCAAGGCUGCCAAGGAUAUAUUCAGCAAGGGCUAUGGUGAGUUAAUAGUACACAUGUUUGCACACCUGAACAGUAAGGCUAAGGAGGAGAAGCCAAAAUUCCACACAAAAAAAGACAGUCAGGGGAGUUGGCUAAAGCAGGAAAGAACAGAUCAAGUUACUGUUUAUAGCCUGGUCUUGCCAGAAUUUGAAACGCCAAAGUAAACUGGGAAUCAGCCAAUGUGAGGUAUACCAUUUUUUAAUUGCACUUGGCUGGCGAGGUUAUGGGUUGUUAGAAAGCAAAGCAAACCAUGAUAUGUGUAAUUCAACGCAUCAUAAACCAAUUGUCAUUCGUACUUUCUCACAAGUCUUCGACUGUAUCGCGGCCAUAUAUGUUUUAUGACUCUACGAGUCUGCUCAGAUGUACCAUUAACUCAUCAACCUCUUGUUUAAUCAUCCAGUCUUCGGCAUUGUGAAGCUGGACCUGAAGACCAAGUCUCAGAGCGGAGUGGUGAGUCUUCUGUUACUGUCCUUUCCCCUUUACAUUCCCCUCUCUCCCCUGUCCCACCUGCUCUGCCUCAGCUUCUCUUUCUAAUUCUCUUUCUCUCACUCUCUCUCUAAUCCUGUCUGGUUCUGUUAUAACACAACCAUUCUAACUGUCUGUAAUUCUGAGCUCUAAGGUUCACAGGUUGCUAGGGGCUCUAUGCUUCAGGAUAGAGAGAUAUGACAGGCCUGGUGUGUGUGUAAGACUGUGGGGGUGGGGGGCUGUCUAUCUCCCUUCCUCCCUAUCUGCCAUCCUAACCCCUGCUCUGUCCCGCUGCCUCCUGGACUGCUCUCUAUUGUAGAUGGUAAGACUCUCUCCCACAGUGUACUGAUGUCUAUAUGUAUAUACUGCAUGAUAUGUGAUAUGUGCCGGGAGAUGCAGACAGACUGUGUGUUUGUGUUUUUUGCAUCCUCUUAUGUCCAGCUGAUGGUACUGUUGGUGGUCUGUUUGCAUGUUCAUCACUGUCCAGUGAAUAUUAUAAAUAUUUUUGUGUCCGUCCACAUUUUAGGGCUGGCCCCUACAAUUUGUUUUAUUUAUCUUUGGCGACCAAGAGUCAUCUGUUCUUUUUAUCAAUCGAUUGGUCUAAAUAAAUACAAAAAUAUUUUUCCAUAUAUAUGUUUGAAUAAAAUCAACUAUAUGUAGGCUACUGAGCUUGUCUGAUGCUUUAAGCACUGCGAUUAAAGUCACACAAAUGACUAAAGAGGGGGCCAGAGAUCAAUAUAGCCUAACCAGAUGGGGGGGAAAAACUGUUCCCAACCCUCUUUCUCCCACUGCCUGCUGCUGCUGGCCUUCGCAGAUUCUGCCAUUACGCUCCUAACGUUGCCGGUAAUAGGCUACACCAGCGGUCGGCAACCUUUUCCAUUUGGAGUGCAAAGUUAUCGUACCAUUUCUACUAAUCUGCGCACCAGUUAUGCACAUUUUUGUGGAACAGUUUCAUUUAAUUUAUAAUAAAGUAUUCAUAUCUAAAUCAAUGUCAUGUGGUUAAUCAAAAUUAAAAUGAUGCCAUUGCCAAUGUGUAAAAAUAGCCUACAUAAACCACCAAAUAAAAACAUUGCAGCCUGCAGGUAGAAAAUAUCCUGACGAAAAUAAAUAUCCUAUAAAUCACGUUGGCUAUGCAGUUCCAGACAGACGGACAGCUGUAGACUAUCUUCGCAACGGAUAAGAAGUAAUCAGAUAGGCCUAUUUUAUGACAUUUCCACCGGAUCAGAGCAUUAAAUUUUUUCCCCCUUUCAUGCUGAGUCGUUAUUGAAAGGGCGGGAGCUGGAAAGAUUUUUAAAAUAGGCUACGUUGAGGAACUAUUGUCAUUAUCAAUGGAUGUAAAAACAGACUUUGUUUACUUGCUGUUUGAGGCGAAGAAAAAUUACUUUGAGAGGCUACACAGUGAUGGUGAAUUUAAACAAUCAGAAAUAGUAUCAUAUCCCCAAAUGGGCACAUUUAUAUGCCUACAUUUGUGCGUAGGCCAGGUAGCCUAGGCCUACUUCUAUGUGUAAUCAGGUGCGUGUCCUUACUCAAGAUUGACAGGAGCGCUCCAAACAAAAGACAAUGAAUACAUUGAUAACUCGUAAAUGGAAUGAAAUAAACUUUUUUCUCACAAGUGUAGCCUAGGUUGUGCGCUCUGCAAACAACGUGUCCACUCCUACAAUGACAACGGUAAGACUGUAAUAAUAACAUAUUGAAUGCAUUAACAGAAAUUACCGUCACCAAACAAACAUUGUAGAUUAGAAAUGAUGGGAAUUAACAGUAAAUGUACUACUGGUGUGCUAUCCCCACGGCUUCCGCAAUGGAUUAGUCCACUUAGACAGACGGGCAUGAAUCAGACAGGUGUCUUGUGUGCCAUACAUUUUUAUAAAUAUAUUUGCCACUGCUCAACUAAACAAAUCUCGUCCGACCAACAGCCUAUCGACCAAACAAUCGAUCAGUCGACUGAAUGGGGUCAGCCCUACCAAAUUUAAAUUGAUUUCCCAUCCAUUUCUGUCCAGCUGGAUUUACUGUUUGGCGUCAGUGAUACGGUUUUCAUCAAUGUUGUUGUCCAGUUGUUUUCAUUCUUGUCUCUUCAACUAAUUACAUUUAGUCUGUUUGUCAUCCAUUUCUUUAUCAGGCUCCAAUCACUGACUGUGCCACUCACUGCUUUGCUGCACCAAUCUGCCAGAAUUAUCGAUCUUUCCUCUCUCCCAGGGAUCCAGUCAUCCACCCUCCUUACCUUGCAUCCCUCACUUUCUUGACCUUUAUUUUCCUGGCGUACCUUUCUUUUCACCUGUAAUCUGUUUUCGGUGUUUCUCCUCACAUAGUGCAUGAUUCUUUCAGGGUGUCUAAUGCAGUCAGCACAAAACGACAGUUUCAACAAUCUGCUCUUCUAGAGUUCUCUUUCUCCUCUUCUCUCACUCACACACUAAUUACUCAUUCCCUCAGUCCUUUAUAACUCUUUGACCCCAACUCUAUCUCCCAACACACCAUCUCUUGUCUCACACAUUCUCCCACUCUCUUUUUCUCUCUCACCCUCUCACUCUUUAUUUCACUCUCCCCCUCUUCUUCUCUCCCCCUCAGGAGUUCAACACAUCAGGGUCCAGUAACACAGACACGGGGAAGGCAGCAGGUAACCUGGAGACCAAGUACAAGAUGAAGGAGCUGGGCCUGAGCUUCAACCAGAAGUGGAACACAGACAACACCCUGGCUACAGAGGUCACUGUGGAGGACCAGCUGGCUCAGGGACUCAAGGUGGCCCUGGACACAUCCUUCGUACCAAACACAGGGUGAGAGAGAGACAUCAAUCUGAUAUGUAUGUAUGUAUGUACAGUCGUGGUCAAAAGUUUUGAGAAUGACUCAAGUAUUGGUCUUCACAAAGUUUGCUGCUUCAGUGUUUUUAGAUAUUUUUGUCAGAUGUUACUAUGGUAUACUGAAUUAUAAUUACAAGCAUUCCAUAAGUGUCAAAGGCUUUUAUUGACAAUUACAUUGUUUAUGCAAAGAGUCAAUAUUUGCAGUGUUGACCCUUCUUUUUCAAGACCUUUGCAAUCCGCCCUGGCAUGCUGUCAAUUAACUUCUGGGCCACAUCCUGACCGAUGGCAGCCCAUUCUUGCAUAAUCAAUGCUUGGAGUUUGUCAGAAUUUGGAUUUUUGUUUGUCCACCCACCUCUUGAGGAUUGACCACAAGUUCUCAAUGGGAUUAAGGUCUGGGGAGUUUCCUGGCCAACAUUUCGAUGUUUUGUUCCCCGAGCCACUUAGUUAUCACUUUUGCCUUAUGGCAAGGUGCUCAUCAUGCUGGAAAAGGCAUUGUCCGUCACCAAACUGUUCUUGGAUGGUUGGGAGAAGUUGUUCUCGGAGGAUGUGUUGGUACCAUUCUUUAUUCAUGGCUGUGUUCUUAGGCAAAAUUGUGAGUGAGCCCACUCCCUUGGCUGAGAAGCAAACCCACACAUGAAUGGUCUGGCGCUUGCUGGACUUUCUUGCGCACCCUGAAGCCUUCUUCACAACAAUUGAACCUCUCUCCUUGAAGUUCUUGAUGAUCCGAUAAAUGGUUGAUUUAGGUGCAAUCUUACUAGCAGUAAUAUCCUUGCCUGUGAAGCCCUUUUUGUGCAAAGCAAUGAUGACGGCACGUGUUUCCUUGCAGGUAACCAUGGUUAACAGAGGAAGAACAAUGAUUUCAAGCACCACCCUCCUUUUUAAAGCUUCCAGUCUGUUAUUCUAACUCAAUCAGCAUGACAGAGUGAUCUCCAGCCUUGUCCUCGUCAACACUCUCACCUGUGUUAACGAGAGAAUCACUGACAUGAUGUCAGCUGGUCCUUUUGUGUCAGGGCUGAAAUGCAGUGGAAAUGGUUUUUGGGGAUUAAGUUCCUUUUCAUGGCAAAGAGGGACUUUACAAUUAAUUGCAAUUCAUCUGAUCACUCUUCAUAACAUUCUAGAGUAUAUGCAAAUUGCCAUCAUAAAAACUGAGGCAGCAGACUUUGAAAAUUAAUAUAUGUGUCAUUCUCAAAACUUUUGAUCACAACUGUACAGUACCAGUCAAAAGUUUGUUCAGAGUUUUUCUUUAUUUUUACUAUUUUCUACCUUGUAGAAUAAUAGUGAAGACAAACUAUGAAAUAACACAUAUGAAAUCAUGUAAUUUAGUAACCAAAAAAGUGUUAAACAAAUCAAAAUAUAUUUUAAAUGAGAGAUACUUCAAAGUAGCCACCCUUUGCCUUGAUGACAGCUUUGCAUACUCUUGGCAUUCUCUCAACCAGCUUCACGAGGUAGUUACCUGGAAUGCAUUUGAAUUAACAGGUGUUCCUUGUUAAAAGUUAAUUUGUGGAAUUUCUUUCCUCCUUAAUGCGUUUGAGCCAAAUUAUAUUUUAGAUGGUGUCAGCAUAUUAUUUUCAUUCAUUUUGGAGUCUAAUGUCAUUUUAAAAAGUCACCAGAACUGAGCUUUUCAGUCCUUCUACAUAAAAUUAUACCGGGGAGGACCCCAGACCCCUAAGUCGGGGGUUCUCAAACAUUUUGGGGCAGGGGACCCUUUCAGUGAUGGCAAAUUCAUCAGGGACCCCCUCAUAAUCAGAACACAACUCGAGUGAGAUAAAAAUAACAUACAAAGAGUUUUAAUAUGACUUUGGCAGUGCAUGGCCAGACGAACCAAGUCUUGGGGCCCUGGGAAGGAACAUUUUAAAGGCCCAUCUCUUGCCAUCGGAGAGAAUUUUGCAAAUUUCCUUCAAUUCUACACAUUUUGUUAUGAGGCAGAGCGAUUCUUUGUUGCAGCUUUAAAGCUAAGAACUAUUCAGUUGAAAAAUGGAUAAUUGGUGGUUCUUCUGCAACGUGACCCAAAUGAACUAUCUUCCAUUGUAUGCAUUAUAACAUUGGCUGAAAUAGUACUCACACACAACUACUUAAUGUUUCUAAAUGAUUUUUUUAUUCAGACGAUCCCCUAUGGCUCCUAACUAUGCAAAUUUGUAUGUGGGUUACAUGGAGAAACAGUCCAUUUUCAAUCCUCUCAAAAAGGUUUUCUUGCCUAACAUUAUUAUUUGGAAACAGUGCAUUGAUGAUAUUUUUGUUCUAUGGAGGGGUGAUUCAAAACAGCUCCAGGCAUUCCAUGCUUUUCUUAACUCUUGUUCUAAGCACCUGAGAUAUACUAUGCAGUCUGACACAUGUCAAAUCAGUUUCCUUGAUUUUCUGAUUUUGUGUGAGGAUAAUGUUCUUUACAGGAAACCUACUGAUCGUAACAGUUUGUUGAGGGCUGAUAGUUGUCACCCGCUUCCCUUGAAAAACAGUUUGCCCUACAGCCAAUUCUGUCAAAUCAAAAUAAUUUGCCAUAAACAAUCAGAUUUCGACAGAAAUAUGGCUGAGACGCAAAGAAAAUUCAAGGAGAGGGGGUACAAAAAUGGUCAGAUUAAUACUGCCAUUGAGACAAAACAAAUCAAGAUCUGAUCUCUUUCAAGGACAGUCUCACAAAAAGAAGCAUUCUUUCGUUCUAACUACACGCUAUUCAAAGUGCUCUGAACAAAUUAAGGGAAUCGUUCACAAACAUUGGCACAUUCUAAGAUCCGAUGACAGUAUUGGUAAUGUGUUUUCGGACCCUCCCUUGGUUGUAUUCUCGCUGGGCAGAAAUCUCAGCGAUCAAUUGGUAAACUCUGAUUUACCACCCCUAAAUAUCCCUGCACAACAUCUAUUUGCGCCUCUACCGGAUGGAAACUACAAGUGUAAUGGCUGCGCUCAAUGCAAUGGCACUUACAAAUGUAGAUCCUUCAAACACCCCCAAACAGGGAAACAGAUCCCAAUCAAAGGUGUUAUUACGUGCUCCAUAAAGGCAGUUAUUUAUCUUAUAACUUGUCCUUGUGGUAAAAAUUAUGUGGGUAAAACAAAGUGCGAAUUAAAAGUGCGAAUCUCGGCGCAUCGUAGCACCAUUAGGUGCAAAAACUCGAUAUACCCAUUACCCAGUCGCUGCCCACUUUUUGGAAACGAAGCACUCUAUUUCGUCCUUACGUUAAAUCGGCAUUGAACAGGUCACCCUCCCUAGGAGAGGGGGUGAUCUCGAUAACUUAUUGUUAAAACGAGAGGCUGCCUGGAUCUUAAAUUUAAAGACCCUUGCUCCCUUCGGUCUCAACGUAGACUUUGAUUUGAAGCCAUUCGUGUGAUUAUUGUGAUUUUGCUAUUCAUUGUAAAUGUUGUUGGGCCUAGGUAGCCAAGUUGUAUCUAUGAUCGUAUGCUAUCUAUUCAUGUUUUUUGUAUGUUCUGUUUAACUGUGAAUUAACCAAUGAUAUCAGGCCACACCCGGCCAUGAUUACAGACACCUGCGUGUGUCCUUUGACACUAUAUAAACUAGUGACCCGCAGAUGAAGAGAGCUUGUCUGUCGAAACGUUGGUUAUUAGGUUAUUAAAUUAUUGCAUCUGAGCUCCUAGAGUGUGCGGCUCUCCUUUUCUUUUUCAGGAGUACUGUGGAUACCAUAUCCCUAUGAGCCUCCCAGGCCCAUGUUGCCCAGGGUUAAGAGCAUACAUUUUAGAAUUACAUUGUAUUGUAUUACACCCUUUUAACUUAUUCCACGGAUCCCUUGGCCAAAAUUCGUUUAAUCUGUUAGUAAUUUUCAAAUGUUAAAAAAAUAUACAGUAUAUAUUGAGACCCCCUGCUGUUCCCCACUUUGAAAACCCCUGCCCUAAGGAGUGGACUGGAAUUGGUCGAACUCGCAGUUUAAUACAUGUACAAAAUGACCCUCUUUCCAUAAAAGCAUGAUGGUCAUGACGUUGUUACAUGAAAGGGGAGGUUAACUAAAAUAUGACUUGACUAAAAGAUAUGAAAGGAUUUAUUUAUUGAAGAUGCUAUUACCUUUCCUUUUUUAGAAUAUCAAGGAUCCGAUAUGAAAGGAUAUUUGUUUGUCUAAUUUGCCUGUCCUCUCUCUUCUCCAUCUGUUCUCAGCAAGAAGAGUGGCAAGCUGAAGACUGGCUACAAGCGUGACUUCCUUAAUGUGGGCUGUGACGUUGACUUCGAGGGUCCCAUAAUCCACGCAGCAGCCGUGGUGGGCUAUGAGGGCUGGCUGGCCGGGUACCAGAUGGCCUUCGAUAUGGCCAAGUCCAAACUGGCCCAGAACAACUUCGCCCUGGGAUACAAGGCUGGAGACUUCCAGCUCCACACCAACGUGUGAGUAUCUCAGUGUAGUGGAUCAUGGCUAGAAACACUGGUUUUGUUUUUAAGUGAGUCAUCAGAAAUGUGUUAGAUGGUAAAGUUUGGUAACCGUGGCCUCCGUUGCCCUGUGUGUCUCUCAUAGAAAUAGAAUCCAUAGAAUGGCCUUGGAAUUUGACUGUUUAACUCAUGGGUAAACUCAAAAUGGCUGCCAGUCCACCCAUAAUGCCACCAUUGACCUGAAUGGGGAGGCCUGUUCUAUGGAUGAUCUUUUUCAGUAAUAAUGGUAAGGCGUAGGGAGGUAUUCAUUAAUUUAGGAUUGUUUCUUACUGUAUCAUGCCCUCUCUCUCCUUCAGGAACAAUGGAACAGAGUUUAGAGGUUCCAUCCACCAGAAGAUGUCUAGGAGUAUGAACUAGGGGUUGAUUUGGGCAUGUCUGUAACUGUUCUCUCUCCUCUUUCAGUAAUGAUGGGACUGAGUUUGGAGGUUCUAUCUACCAGAAGGUGGAUGACCAGCUGGAGACGGCGAUCUCUCUGGCCUGGACGGCCGGCAGCAACAACACACGCUUCGGCAUCGCAGCCAAAUACGCUCUGGACAAAGACGCUUCCUUGUCUGUGAGUAACACACAGAAACACACUCUGUCUGUCUUAGUCUCAACCCAGGCUCUUGCUGAAGCCCCACCCCUAGCAGGGAUGCAUCCCUUUACAAUUAAUUUAGAUUUACACACUAACACAUGUUCAAUGACUGUCUCUGUGUCUCUCCCCCUGCAGGCCAAAGUGAACAACGCCAGCCUGAUUGGAGUCGGCUACACCCAGAGCCUCAGGCCAGGUGAGUAACAAUCACAAUAAACAAGAUUGUGAUCUAAUGAUUGAUUGAUUACAUUUCAUGAUAUCCUUGGAGCUAGGUCUCUGAGCACAACUGUCAUUUUAGGUCUAGCUAUAUUGUUUUACAUCUCCAGUAAUAUUCCUCUCCUCUCUGUGUAGGUGUGAAGGUGACUCUGUCAGCCCUGAUCGAUGGGAAGAACUUCAACACCGGCGGUCACAAGGUGGGCCUGGGCUUCGAGCUGGAGGCAUAGAGUGGCGUGAACAAGACCCACCAACCAAGAGAAGAGCCCAGAACC